AUGUCUGGUGUCAAGGCUGCGUUAAAGUCCAUCAAUGAUGCGAUUCGCGGCCAAAAAUACGACGAUGCCAUUGUCCAAGCCAAGGACUUGGUGAAGAGAGACCCCAAGAACUACCAAGGUCUUAUUUUCCUUGCAUUCGCCUUGGAAAAGCAGAAUCAGCUCGGGGAAGCUGAGAUAUCCUACAAAAGAGCUACGGAAUUGCGACCUGGUGAUGCUCAGGCGUUUCAGGGUCUCAUCAAGGUGUACGAGAAGAAAGGCGUCGAGAAGUUCAGUGAGUAUCAACACACGGUGGUGUGCUUGGCACAAAUCUUCCAUCAAGCCCAAGAUCUCUACAAAGCCCAAGAUGUUGUGGACAAGUUCGUCGAUUAUGUUCGCGUCCAUGGAGAUAAGCUACAGUAUGCCGACGCUCUCUGGAUUCAGUUGCCCGAAAGCCCCUUGUAUGCUAUAUUGGAGGGUCGGUUUCCCCGACCCGACAAAACCUAUGAAACCAUUGCAUAUUUACUAGAGGAGUUCGAAAAGAAGCGCAAAAAUACCUUGGUCGGCGACAGACGGACAAGAUUAGGCGCAAAACUCAGUGAGGUUAAAGCCGAGGUCAAGUGGGAAAUAUACUCGCAAAGCAAACUGGAGCAUAUUUACCGCCAGUUCAUAAACUGGACUACCGACGAUGAAUUGAGGCGGACUUUUGAGGAGAAGCUUCUGCAUUACUGCUACGAUCGGCUGCUCGUUACCCCCGCCGGCGACAUGAAGGCGCAGGAGCACGCCAAAGUCUGUGGUUUGGCCAAAGAUAUGGUCGCUAUCAAGCAUCCGUUCAAGCUGGCGUGGGAUAUUGCCAUCGAAUGGCAGGACCACAAAGAGAUUGGCGACUGGGAUUCCAAUCUACUACGAGAUUACUGCCAUUUCUUUCCCGAUAGCGAUCUGUACAAGGUUAUUAUUAGCUUCCUUACGAGCAAUUUUUCUCCCUUCCCCGCUUUGGACGAAACGGCAAAGCCUACCAACGUAAGCAACAGCCCGGACGACAGCCCGGACGACAGCGAGGAUGACGACGACGACGGUGGGGUGCCGACCUCUUUCGUUCCGCUAACGGACGAGGAUCGCCUGAUGAUGAUAUCAGAGGGCAUUACUGGUACCGAGUCUGUGCUUGCUUACAGGAUCGUCGGGACCUACUUCCUUCAAACGGGCGAGUAUGAGAGCACGGUCGAGUUUAUGAGAAAAGCUAGACUGUUUCUCUCAAAGGAGGGGGUCAAGAUUGGAAUCUCGUAUGAAAACAGCGAUGAUGCAUGCGCUCUCUGUCUGGCCACCUCGCUCAUUUACUACCAAAGUCCCAGACAUCAUCAAGAGGCAAAAAAUCUUUUUGAUAAGGUCCUUGAACGAGACUCGACUUCGACGCCAGCGCUGAUAGGAGUUGGUCUUAUCUUUGAAGAGGAGGAGCAAUAUGACCAGGCAAUAGACUUUCUAGAGCGGGCUCUGAAACGUGACGACUCUAAUAUUCGCGUAAAAUCCGAAGCUGCAUGGGUCAAAGCGUUAAAAGCAGACUGGUCAACUGCCAAACAAGAGCUCUUCGAGUGCCUUGCCCUGUUGGAUAAGGUAGCCGCUGCAAACAAGGAACUAUUAUCAGAUACCCAGUACAGAAUUGGCUGCUGCAUUUGGAAGCUGGAUGCCAGCCGGCAAGCGAGGAAACAGCGCAAGGGAGAGUGUGCGUAUGCCUACUGGCUGAAGGCACUCAGCAGCAAUAUGAACCAUGCCCCGACUUACACAAGCCUGGGCCUCUUCUACAAGGACUACGCCAGAGAUAGGAAGCGCGCUAGAAGGUGUUUCCAAAAAGCUCUGGAGCUUUCUGCAGCGGAAGUGACUGCUGCUGAGCAGCUGGCUCGGUCCUUUGCCGAAGACGGAGAUUGGGAACGCGUCGAAUUAGUCGCUCAGAGAGUCAUUGAUUCUGGAAAGGUCAAGCCACCGCCCGGCUCCAAGAGAAAGGGCAUUAGCUGGCCGUUUGCUGCAAUGGGAGUUGCCGAGUUGAACAAACAAGACUUCCACAAAGCCAUUACUUCAUUUCAAGCGGCCUUGCGAAUCUCCCCGAACGACUAUCACUCUUGGGUGGGAUUGGGGGAAAGCUAUCACAGCUCAGGCCGUUACGUGGCGGCGACCAAGGCAAUCGUCAAUGCCCAGAGUCUCGAAGAGCAGCAGGCUUCUUCCGGCGUAUCGCACGACACCUGGUUCACCAAAUACAUGCUUGCUAACAUCAAGCGAGAACUGGGCGAGUAUGACGAGUCUAUUUCCCUGUACCAGGCUGUCAUGGAGACGCACCCCGAGGAGCAAGGUGUCAUUACUGCUCUCAUGCAGACCAUGGUGGAUAACGCUUUGACUUCGGUGGAAAGGGGAACAUUUGGAAAGGCUAUCCAGUUAGCCAUCGAUACCAUUGAUUUUGCCUGCACAACUACGGGCGACGCAAAGCAAACAUUCAACUUCUGGAAGAGCCUUGCAGACGCUAUCUCGGUAUUCUGCUUCGUGCAAAGCCGCAUGGCUAGCUUCCCCGCUGCCCAGGUCAGGAUGCUGCUGGAGGACGGCCAUCAGGAGGCCUAUGCGCUGCUUGCGACCGUGGACAAGGUCGGAACAGACGUGGUUUACGCCGAAGGAAUCUAUUCCCAUGACGAGCGGCUAGGCGUGGACUUGACGCGAUGCAUACACGCCGUCAUUCUCUCCUGCAAGGAGGCUAUCCACGUCUCGGCGGGCGACGUUCAUGCGCAGGCCGUUGCUUACUACAACCUGGGUUGGGCCGAGUACCGAGCGCAUAGUUGCCUUCCUCCUCACCUGCGAAAGAAAUACAGCAACUACGUCAAGGCAGCUGUGCGAGCCUUCAAGCGCGCAAUCGAGCUGGAAAGCGGCAAUGGCGAUUUCUGGAACGCCCUGGGCGUGGUCACCAGCGAGAUCAACCCGGCAGUGUCGCAACACGCGUUUGUCAGGAGCUUGCAUCUCAACGAGCGAAGCCCUGUCGGAUGGACGAAUCUAGGCGGGCUGGCGCUUCUGUCUGGCGAUUGCGGCGUUGCAAAGGAGGCUUUUACUAGAGGCCAGUCCGCCGACCCGGAAUACGCGCACGCAUGGCUCGGCCAGGGGUUCGUGUCCUUGUUGCUUGGCAACGUCAAGGAAGCCAGGGGCUUGUUCACGCACGCCAUGCAAAUCGCCGAGGCCUCUUCUGUCCCCACCCGGAAGCACUAUUCCGCGUCCUCGUUCGAUCACAUGCUGACUGCACCCGCGAGUACGACGGUGACGUCGCUGAUUCAGCCGUUGUUCGCUCUCAGCCAGGUGCAGAGCUUGAAUCCUCAAGACCUGACGUUUGGUCACCUGUCGGCCAUGUUUCAAGAGCGCACGCGGGACAGCUUAAGCGCCGUGAGGGCGCUGGAGAAGCUGUGCGGCGCCAUCGAGAGCGACUACGAAAUGACAGAGUCGAAGGAGAGCCUCGCCCGAUUCACACUGGCGCGAACCGAUCUCGCAAGAGCCCACCUGGCUGCCGGGCAGUAUCAGGAAGCGGUCGAGUGCGGCGAGAUGGCUCUCGGCCUGAGCAGCGACGAGAGCGAGAGCGAGCUGAGCGGAGAGCAGAGGAAGAUGGCCCGGCUGUCGGCGCACCUGACAGUCGGCAUCGGACAAUACUUUGCCGGCGCGAACGAGGAAGCUGAGCGGUGCUUCGAGCUGGCUCUCGGGGAGUCGGACAACAACCCCGGCGUCACCUGCCUGCUGGCGCAAGUGCUGUGGGCGCAAGGCACCGAGGCGUCGCGGGACAAGGCUCGCGAGGCGCUGUUUGGCGUCAUCGAGAGGCAGCCAAGCCACGUGCAGAGCGUCUUGCUGCUGGGCGUCGUCGCCCUGCUGGAUCAGGACAAAGGCAGUCUGGAAGCGGUGGUGGAGGAGCUGCAGGGGCUCCGCACCAGCGACCAGGUCACGGCGACGCAGCAGUCGCAGAUUGGCGAGGUGCUCCGCUCCAUUGCCGGCACGGCGGACGGACACGGGGAGCAAGGCGUGAUGCACCAGGUGCAAGGAGACGUCAUGCUGCACCCCCAUCUUCCACACGGCUGGUCGGCGCUCGCCCAAGUCACGGGCGACAUGAACGCCGCGCAAAUGGCUCUCAAGGUUGCCGCGAGGGGCCUUCCACCGCGAGGCAGCUUGGAAGCCGAGGAGAUUGCGCAGGCGUACGCUGGCACAGGCACGGCAGCCGAUGCGCAGAGAGCGGCAUUCUUGUCACCGUGGCAAUCAGUCGGUUGGACGGCGUUGGCAGCCGCUGCCGAGGCUGUGUAG